CGGCAUAUCUGUUAACUUUUGUGUUAGUGGCAGUCAUCUUAAAUGGUAUUGGCUCCCAAAGUAAUUUACUUGUAGAUGUACAUCUACUAAAUAUUUCCUGAGAAUUUUAUUAAAAUCCAAUAAUUGGUUCGUGAGACAUUUUGCUAAAAGAAACACAAACUCUGUCAGAAUUCUGAGGGCAGUUCUCCUCUUGAACACCAGGUGUCGCUACUAAAAUGAACCGACACGGCGACCCGCCGGAAGUGACCGUAGAAGAAGAGUCCAACAGGGACCUUCAUAACAGCUUCGUCCCGUUUACUUUCCUGUGAGUUUUGUUGGUUUCGUAGCCUGACGUUUGUUGAGGAAAGCUGAGAAAGAUGUGGGGACAGCUGCAGGUCGAACAGCGACUCGAUGAAACGUCGCUGUUAGAAAAUUCAGCCGCGGAGGAUAAAGAAAACCUGCGACAGAACAACAAAAUACUGGAUCCUGUUUGUGUUUUCAACCACAGAUCAGUUUCCCCUGCAGGUGUUCAGCAGGUAGUGGUGGUGAAAGAAGAAGCUAAUGAAGAGUGGAGACCUGACGAUGUGGACCAGCAGGACCCUGAGUCCCACAUAAAGGAGGAGGAGACUGACGCCACCAUGUUCUCAUUAACUACAGUUCAUUUAAAGAGUGAGGAUGAAGACGAUGAUGAGAAACCUCUGCUCUCAAAGCUUCAUCACACCGAAGAUGGAGUUCUUCCAACCAGCAGCUCAGUCGACCUGAUGAAAGAAAGACCUGAUGGAGAGGAUCUACAGACUGGUGAAGACGAGUCCAGCUCUUCAGACACUGAAGUCAGUGAGGAUGAGGAGGACAAGGAUGUAAGCGGUCCUGACUCCCAGCUCAGACCCUUAUCAGACUCUGGAUUAACAGCUGAGGACAACGACUGGAGGGAGAGCAGCACUUUUGAGUUUGAUGUGAACAACGUGAACAAAUGUUUCAGCUGCUCAGAGUGUGGUGAACAGUUUGUGAACAUCUGGUCUCUUCAGACGCACCUGACAAGCCAUUCAAAAAUCACCCCUUUGAUCAAAAAGAAACGUGUUAGAGUUAAGAWAAGUGUAGAGCCACACAAGAAAGCCCAGAAGAGACUGAAGUCAUUCAGUUGUGAUGACUGUGGGAAAAGAUUUGCCAGAAAAGCAAACGUAAACAUCCACAUGAGGGUCCAYACGGGAGAAAAACCAUUUCAUUGUGACGUGUGCGGACAAAGCUUCAGCCAAAAGAUUCAUUUAAACUCUCAUAAAAGAAUCCACACGGGUCAACAACCGUUCAGUUGUGACAAAUGCGGGCGAAGGUUUAGCUCGAAGAGUAACUUGAACCGACACAUCAGCGUCCACACGGGACAGAAACCGCUCACUUGUGAUUUUUGUGGACUGGGAUGUAGCCAUAAGACGGCUUUAAUCACACACUUAAGAGUUCACACGGGGGACAAACCGUUUGGUUGUGAUCUGUGCGAGAAAAGGUUUAGCUGUCAGUCAUAUUUAAACACACAUAUGCGAGUUCACGCRAAGGGGAAAACGGUUUAGCUGAGAGUAUUAAAAACACAUCAGUGUUAAAACAGAAUAAGUGCAAGGUUUAUUAAAACUACAACAGUUCUGAAAAAGUUAAGAAGUGGUGUAAAAUGUGAAUAAAAACCGCAUUUGUUGACUGCAACUACUGUGGUUUUUAUUUACAAAACUGUGUUUAUAUUUCUGUUUGUGGUCUUAUAAAAAAAGCAUCAAUUAAAACAA